AUGGGGAUUUAUCAAAUUUUGAUCUGUUCAGUAGAAAAUUUAAUAAAAAAUAUAUUGAGAGAAAUUGACAAAUUUUUGAACAAGAACGAAUUUAAAAUUGAUAAUAUUGUUUUGAACGAAUUAACAAAUUUGGAUCUUUACUUUAAAAACUUACUCAUGAAAAAUAAAGGAGUGCGCAGCCCCUUUAUUUAUGAAUGA